UGUUAGCGCCCCUGACCAGCAUACCCCACCUGCCAUUCCAUCAUCAAGGCCCAGGCGUGCCCCCAGGCCCAACCCACGCUACGUUGGCCCAGAAUGGAGGAACCAGUGGCCCAAGAGCAAGGGUGUACUUGAGCCGGCGCCCGGGGCUGGCUAGGGCAUCCAGAGGAUCACGGCACCUGGCGGCUACCAACUCCCGAUCCCCUUUCCUCUUCCUCAUCCCUAGAACCCUAGCUACUUCCGAUUCGUGUAAUCGCUACCAAAUCCUAUAUCUGUGAGUGAGAUUGCCACCAAUAUUCGAGAUA